AGCACGCGGGGCGACUCAAACACAAACCAAACUCGAAACGACACGGAGUCGUCUGCUACGAGGAUUCAUGCGCGCUUUUCUUGAGUGAAGAAUGAACUCGUUCAAAGAAGAAAAGUCCAGUGGAUAUCAGAGCUCAUACAAAAGCAACAUCAAGUGCAUCUUGGUGGGGGAUGCUAUGGUGGGCAAAACUUGCCUGGCGAAGAGGCUCGCCGCUGUCGGAUUCCAGUCCGACUACAGCCCGACAAUGUUCGACAACUACGCCGCGACAACAACAAUAGACGGGAAAUCUUACGUGCUGGGAAUUUUCGAUACAGCGGGGCAGGAAGAGUUUGACCGCCUUCGAACACUUGCCUAUCUGAACUGCGAUGUCUUUCUGAUCUGCUUCUCCGUCGUCCAGCCGGCCUCCCUCAAGCACGCUAUGGACUCGUGGCUCCGGGAGGUGCGCGUGCACGCUCCACACGUGCCAUUCAUCCUGGUGGGCACCCACAUCGACCUGCGCGACGACCCCAAAUGCGCCCAGCGCAGGGCCAGCGCUCAGUGUGUGUCCACCAAGGAUGGGAUGGUAGCAGCCACCCGAAUGGAUGCCGACUGCUACGUGGAGUGCUCGGCCCUGACGGAAGCGGGCAUCAUCCGCUUGAAGGAAGCCGCCAUCGACGCCGUGCUCAGAACCCACUCCGGCGACGACGGCUGCCACUGCGCCUGCGUCAUAGUGUGAUGUGACCACAGCAGCCCCUGACUGGAUUGAACUGAGAGAAUUUCCGAGGUCUCGGAGUCUUCCGCUGUCUGCCGUGUGGUCCGGAGUCAAGGUUCACCUCGAAAACAAGUUACUCAACGUGGGUGCAGUUUGAUUGAAGAGGGACUACUCUUUGCCAAGUAGUCACAGACUGCUUCAAGGGACACAAAGGUGGAUUUAAGUCGAUGUUGAAGAAUUUGUUGCGGCCGGUGAGCUGCUCCUCCGUAGAGCACCAAUAGAUUGGAGGCCACCCUUGCCUCGCCGUGGCAGACACUUACACCCUCCGUCUGUUAGGUGGGACCAGUGGUGACAACAGUCGUGGCCCCACUUUGAUGGUGGCCAGAUUUGAACUGCGUUUUCAAGACGCUAAACUAUCAACCGGAGGCGAUCAUGUCGUGAUGAUGUAAACCAUGACAACCUAUUGUUCAGUUUAUUUUAAGAAUCAUUGUUUUGUUGCCAAUGGAAAACAUCUCAUCCUACCUCUCCCUGUCUAUUCAAGGCAUGUUAAUACUGUUCUUCCCGUUCGACUAUGUUUCUCUUUCCGAAAAUAGCUCCCACUAGCCAUGUUACAAGAGGAUGGAACAGGACAAAAAUCGUAAAUUGUAUUGAUCUCACAGGUGGGCGACAGGCCGUGAGUCCCUGGCGGAUUUCUCAUGUUUGAUGGCGUCACAUCCUGGUGAAUAGUUCUCACCAGUCAUUGUCGCCACACAUUCAUUCAUUAAGUCAACGACGGGAGACAUUAAGUGGGGCUGGUGGUGGGAAAUUUGUAGUUAAACGACUUUCACAUUGUACAGUGAAUGUUUCAUCCGCUCUGCCCUUUCACAACCCCAACACACACAAAAAAUGGAGUGAGUAGAUCGUGUGUACGCUAGGGGAUCGUGUGUGAUAAAGCCGUCAGCUUCCGGUAUCCGGAACAAGUGUGAAGUGCGCCAUGCCAUCCAUCGCCUGACGUGGCCACGUGCGUCGUAUCUAAAGGACACGUGACUGUCAUGACGAUCGUACGCCUCGUAGUGGCUCAUCAUGACCCACCCACUCCGACAGUUCAUUGCGGACACACAACGCUGACCGAGAUAUACAAAUGUGUCAACCUCACCGUUAGCUUCACCCACACACCUAUCGGGGUGAAAGAGAGGGUAGGGAGUGGGGGACAGGCUUCUGUUUUUGAAAAACUUGCUGGUGUCUGAGCCUCGCCUGAUCUUGCCACUGAACUUGUAAUGACUUACGAUAUAUCAUCUCACAUCCUUCAAGUGCUGGGAGAAAUCCAAUAACCCAGGGCUGGAGGGAUGACUUACUGUGCAUGUCGCAAUCUACCCGUCAUUUCUCACGCGAUCCCCUUCAGCCCCUCCCUGGCACGCGCAUUGAUCAAACAAUCGUUUAGUAUCUCAGCGGACCUCGUCAUCACAUCAUAGUAUUUCCGUGUUCAGGAGGCGGAGUUCUACAGUGAAUCUGUAUUCUUGUUGAUAUUACUGGACCAGCAGACAUCACUACAACCGAUUCUUUGAGUCUUAACAGAUUUUCCGUCUGAAAUGAAGAAAAAUAUUUAUUGCUUGUUAGUCUUCCUACUGUCAUAUUCUCAACAUUUAUUUCUUUCAUUUUUUUGUUGUUGACACACUUAACAUUGCCUUGCUCUUCCAAAACCUUUGCGUCAAUGGAUGGCACUUUAUUAUAUUGUACUUUGGUCAAGAAAUUGGUCCAGGGAGUAUUUGUGGGUAGUUUUGCGCCAUAAGAUCCAAGCUAAAAUAUUCCUUAGCUAGUUUUUUUUUUUUUUAGGUAUUUGAUAAAGAACGUGUCUUGAACUACAAAAACGCCCUCGUCUUUCACAACGGCCUCUGCUUCACAUUCCGUCCGUUAUCAGUGAGCUGUACAUGUUAGAGGACCGUACCCUGUUAUCAUCUCAUUCUCAUCCUCUCGGCAACUCAAGAGGUCAUGACCUCCUGACGUCAUUGUACCUUAUCGUUUCAUCGCUGUUCGGUAUGCAAUGCUGGUUGUUGUUUUCACAACACGCCUUUCAACAAGCAUCAUCGAGAACAAUAACAACGCUCAUUACUCAAUGUACAACUGUGUUGCUACUUGACCUUCUCACAACUGUGUAUAUUUGCAUUUUCAUGGAAGAAACGUUUAUUCCACAAGGAUCUACGAUAGGGGGAUGUACGUGACUGUAGAACAAUGCUCGGCUUCUGUCAUGUACACGUCCCUGCCCUCGCGUGUGGUGCACGUGUGGGAGGCUGGAUUUGCUCACCAUGAUCAGGUCGUCUAGUCCAUCAGGUCAAACUUGAUAUUUUCUCAUAGACUGAGACUUAUUAUUUUCCAAUGUGAUGUGUUGCCUAGAGAAUAAAUAGAUUAUAUUAUGUUC